AUGUAUAGAGUGGAAUCAUUCUAUGAUGCAGGAAUAAGCGCCAACUACUUACACAUUAACAAUGUGAGUCUGGACUGUGAUGAAGGUUUUUCCGCUCCAGUGCCGUACAGGGAUGCUCUAGUACAAUGUGAAAAGGAUAAGCGCUGCGUUUUGGUCACGGUUAAAGAGUUUGAUGUGUAUGAAAGCAGUUAUGGAAAAUCGUCACUGUGCUAUUCGACAAAUAUGAAUGGUAUAUACUCGGUAAAGAGAGGUCUAAUUUCCAUAAAGGCUGACAAGUGUUCAAUGAAGGAUGCAUUUCAUACCUCUUUGAACAGAAGAGGUAUAUGCAAGCCUGGUCAACUAGUUGGGGAAUUGCACUCUCUUACAUCCUUUUCGGAUGCUGCGAGGGAAUGUCAAAGAUUAAAAUGUGACUACUUUACAGUGUCAAUCUUACAAAAAUCAGAUAAUUUGGCCAGUAGUGACCGCGUUAGCGAAGAUGAAAGCGAUUCUAAAAGAGUGAAUUCCGCUUGGGUUUGCAUCGGCAAACCCACUGGCAUGUACUCUGAGGGUUUUAUAAUGGCCCAGAGAUUAUAA